CUCAGCCAAUGGGAAUGGCACGCGUUGGCUUGGCAACGCGGCCUAGUUUACAUGCGCGUCGAUGGAGCCUGCGCUCGGAUAAUGCUGCCGGCGCAAGUUCCCGCUCAGGGGUGAAGAGGGGUCGGCGUUGGCAUCCGGUUUCACGUGAGGGCGUUGUACUCGAGAUAGGCGCCCUCGCCCUUGGGCGCGAUCUCUGCGCUCAGAGGCGGAACCGAGGCCCUUGAGAGGGGCGCGGGUGCAAGGUAAGGGGGACCGAGGGGACAGCGCGGAGCCCCAAGGCAGCGCCAACCCUUGCUUAGCGACUUUUGCCCCGAGCCUGCGGACCGAGGCCGCGCCUGGCUCCACGCUCUCUACUCAAGAGGCUCCGUGCUGUGGAGGCUGCCGUUGGUCUCGCUUCGCUGGGGGCUACAGUGACGCUGUAACCAUCGUGUGGAGGAAGAUGGAGCAAUUCCUGUGGGAAAGCAAGAAUUCCCUGGCGGAGGUGUUGGCCCGAGGUGGAGCCGGUUGUGCAGAGAAACGCGUGAUAAACGCUGGGGACGACGGGGAGGCCGGGGCAGCGAGUGGGGGAGUGGUGCGUGUGCACGCUGUGCUGGGAAAUGAGGCUUGCGACUUGGACUCGACCGUGUGUGCGCUUGCCUACGCACACUUUCUUGCCAAGACUCGCCCUGCCGGCACUCAUGUGGUGCACAUACCGGUGCUGAACAUUUCACGCGAAGACCUCCCGUUGCGCCCCGAUGUGUGUCGCCUGCUCGGGAGCCUGGGUCUGUCUCCUGCAGCCCUCACCUUCCGCGACGAGGCCAGCCUGCACACCCUGCACGUUCGCCAGAAGCUCACCCUCACUCUCGUCGACCACAACCUCCUUCCACAUAUGGACACAGAGCUGGAACCUGCCGUGGUGGAGGUGAUUGACCACCAUCGUUUGGAGCGUCCGCCUUCACCAGGCUGCUGUGUUACGGUGGAGCCUGUAGGGUCCUGCGCCUCCCUAGUGGGGGCAGCCAUGCUUCUUCAAGCCCCACACCUCCUUGACCUCACGUGUGCCACCAUGCUGGCCGCUGCUAUCGUGGUGGACUGCGUGGACAUGAGGGUGGAGGCCGGGCGCGUGACCACGCGUGACCGGGAGGUGCUUGAUGAGUUACGGCGCCGCUUCCCACUGCUGCCUCCAAGCCACGACACCUUCAUCACACUCCACGCUGCCAAGUUUGACGUGUCUGGACUUACGGUGGAGCAGACUCUGCGUAAGGACAUGAAGGUGUUGAAGAGUGGUGAUAUCAGUGUGGCUGUGUGUGCACUCUUCACUCCACUAGAGGAAUACCUGGGGCGAGCGCAACUGGAGGAAGACUUGCGCGCUUUCUGUCAGGCCCGGGGUCCGGCUGAUGGGUACGCUGCACUCGUGCUCAUGGCGGUCUCCUUCCCGGAGGGGAGCCCCGUGCCCUCUCGACAGGUGGCUGUGUACAGCUGCUGUGAAGCACUGCAGGCACAGAUCUGUGGGGCAUUGCAGGCGGCUGAUAGCCCCGACUUGCAGCUGCGUGCGAUAGAGAGCAUGUCCCCCGUGGUGUCCAGCUUCCAGCAAGGCACACACUCUGCUACCCGCAAACACGUGCUGCCCAUCCUCGCAGGCUUCCUGGAGAGGUAGCAGCAGUCGCCGUCCCUCUGCCGCCUUGCAGGCACCGCAUUGGCUCCCUCUGGUUGGGGUGGACGAGGGUUGCCACCUUGUCCAGAGAGUAAAGCCGGACAAAGUUUUACUGCCAAGUUAUACCUCUUCCAGUAAAUAAAUCAAUAUUGUGAACAUAUCUAUGCACACUUUAAUACUAGUGUUAUUAUUAUUAUUUUUCUUUCUUAAAACAGUGUCAGUUUUAUUAUACUGUCUUGUGUUUAACCGUGAUUCAUAAUUAGUUUAUUUUGGGUUAGAUCGUAUUGGUAUGUAAAUGUUUAAAUAUAGCCCUCCACCACCAGAGAGCCAAUUAAAUUCUGUUGUAACAAGGGGGGAAAUGUGCCAAUCGAUUUGGUUUAUCAGCAAAACUGGAGGAAUGUUAAAAAGUUAAAUGUUUACAAUUUGUAUUCGACCUUUAGCUGGAGAUUACAGCCAGCAUAAUCAGGUGUUUAAUAACAGCUCAGCUUUUGAAGACCCACAUCAGGAAGCUCUUUUUAUGCAAGAGCUGAGCUUUUGUUAAACGCUUAAUGAUGCUGGGUGUAAUCUCCAGCAACAUGUCAUGUAAGCAUUAUCAGCAUUCUGCUUGGGUUUUUCUAGUUUUGUUGGUCAACCAAAUCACUCGGCAUAUUUGCCCCCAUGUGACAACUUGAUUUGAUUGGAUCUGUCGGGCGGAGGGUUAUAGUUAAAAUUGACAAUACCUACAUGACCAUCUAACUCAAAAUAAACUAAUUAUAAACCAUGAAAAUUGGUUAUGAACGUCUACCUAUAAAACUAGUAUUUAACUGUGUUGUCGCUUUAAAACUGCCCUGCAUUUGCCGAAUGAGUGGACAUGGAGUUUGCUCUUGUAGUUCCAUUAGUACAUUGGGAGAGAUUUGCACGAUGGCACCGUUAGCGAUCACGCAAUGAUUGUUCAGCCUUGUGGGUCUAGUCAGGUCGCCAGCUUUUCCACAGAGCAAACCCAGAUAUAUUUCUCAACCAGCCUGAGACUAUCUAAACUGUGCAAGAUACGGUAUAAAAGUAAACACAUUACCACCAAAA